GCCGCCCAGUCCUCUCCGGGUCCUCCUGGCUGGGUCCACUCGGACACGGCGUACGCCUGCCUUGGAGAGGGGAAGCCGGUCCGAGGACCUCUCCGUGACCAGACCGGACACCUCCCACCCGUCCAGGAAUCCCAGCUACCCCUGGGACCCGAGGACCCAAGGGCCAGAAGGGAGACCCCGGCACACCUGGCUAUCCUGGGAAAAAUGGCCCCAUGGGGACCCCGGGGAUUCCGGGGACUCCCGGCACCAUGGGCCCCCCCGGGGAGCCGGGUGUGGAGGGCAGGUACAAGCAGAAGCACCAGUCGGUGUUCUCGGUCACGCGGCAGACUGUCCAGUUCCCAGAGGCCAACAGCCUGGUCAAGUUCAACGAGGUCAUCACCAACCCACAGGGGCAUUACGACAGGGACACCGGCAAGUUCACCUGCAAAGUCCCGGGCCUCUACUACUUUGUCUUCCACACGUCGCACACGUCCAACCUGUGCGUGCUGCUGUUCCGCAGCGGCUUCAAGGUGGCCACCUUCUGCGACCACAUGACCAGCAGCAAGCAGGUCAGCUCGGGCGGCGUGCUGCUGCGGAUGCAGGAGGGCCAGCAGGUGUGGCUGGCGGUCAACGACUAUAACGGCAUGGUGGGCACGGAAGGCUCUGACAGCGUCUUCUCCGGCUUCCUGCUCUUCCCUGACUAGGGAGGGCAGGUCUGCUCUGGUCCCCGGGGGCCGCCCCAUCUCCCCUCAGCUUCCCCGCGAGAACCCACUGUGCUGCAUCCAUGCUCAGGCCCCUCUUGCCACCGAUGAACGCAGCCUCCUCCAGGAAGCCCACCCUGCCCUCCUGCCCUGAGUUCUCUCCCUCCUCCUCCGGUACUGUCGUGAGUGUUUUCCAAGUCCAAGAAGAGGCAGGAGGCACAUAAAUAAAUAACUAAAUCAACAGCUA